AUGACCUCCCAACAACUGCAUCAAGUGAAGUCGGAUCCCGCCAACAAGGAACCAGCUCUCUGGGAAGGACCACCUCUGGAGGAGAUGGAGAAACUUCCAGAAGUGGAUCCAAAAAGGAGCAUGACAUUAAGUGAAUACACAAAACGAGUCGCGGAAAAGAAAGGGCUCUACAAACCCGGACAAAAGGACGAUACUCUGAAAAAAGUGAUCUGCAAUGAAAUCGGGAAGCUUCCAGAGAUGUGGAACACCAAAAACACCAACAACCAAUUGAAAUAUUAUUCAAUGGUUGGAGUGGAAGUUUACAAAAGGACCGGGAAACUCGUUUCUCCUCAAUCUCUAACCGCUGUCUUCAAAUUUGCCAAGGAUGCCGUCAGAAGUCGUGUCAAAACAGCGAUCGUCUCAAAACGCCUGAAUCCUCAACAAGUGGAAGAGUUGAUGUGGCGUUGGCCUUACUAUGGAUUCAUCAGAUUCUACCGGAAAGCCCUUCUACCAUGGGAAGCCUUCAUCAAGAAGCAAAUGAACGCAAAGGAUGUGAAAGAUAAUGUGGCUCAUACAUUAGAUGAUGAGGAUUUCGAUGUGGAAGAGGUGGAUUAUGAAACUGGAAUAGCGUUAUCAAAGGAAGGAUCUUUGGAACACGUCAAGGAAGAAAAAAUGGAUUACUCACCGGAACCUGAAAUGAAGUUCGAGCCUCUACCACCAUCAGAAGUCCCGGUGCAGCGUCCGAAUCGUCCAACACAACGAGUGCCGCCGCCUCAAAUGGGAAAGAAUGAUGAUCCCUACACCCCACAGGGAAAUUAUGUGAGUGUUAUGCAAGCAAUCACACGAGGUCUUCAGUCAUCUGGAGAUGAUGAGAAUGCGAUGAGGAUGAAUGGAGCAGCAGGACCAUCUAGACAAUCUGGGACUUCUAGACAACCGCUCCUCACCGCCGCCCGUCCACCGACACUUCCAGUUCCAACUCCAGCUUCUCAGUCGCCACCUCCACUACCACAACCACCACGUCCAGAGCCGAAAAUGUACGAUUUUGCAAAGGAAAUGGAGCAAAUCACCUACCACGCAUUACGCAUCGCUCAGGAACAUCCGGAAAGAGUGAAAAUGCUGCGAAAGGCUCUAUUUACUACGGUGUUCGCCGCGGAGGAUAAGGAUUAUCAGAGUGCUAGAGAAAUGUUUCAGGAUCUUGCUGAUAAUUCUCGCUAG